UUCUCGGUCGUGGGUUUUCUAAACAAAUUUGAUUCUGUGAGAGUUGCCUUUGAGGUUGUAGAAGAUGGUGGUGAAAGUGUAUGGGACAGUUAGGUCAGCCUGCGUACAGAGGGUGCUAGCUUGCCUUCUGGAGAAGGAGGUGGACUUUGAUGUUGUUCAUGUUGAUCUUGAGGCAGGAGAACAAAAGCGACCUGAGUUCCUUGUCCUACAGCCGUUUGGGCAAGUUCCGGCAAUAGAGGAUGGCUAUCUCAAGCUUUAUGAGUCUAGGGCAAUUAUAAAGUAUUAUGCAGCAAAGUACGCGGACCACGGUCCCAACCUAUUGGGAAGUAGUCUAGAAGAGAGAGCUCUGGUGGAUCAAUGGCUGGAAGUGGAAGCACACAACUUCAACGACUUGGUUUACACUCUGGUUCUUCAGCUUGUGAUCCUGCCGCGGAUGGGCAAGCCGGGGGACUUGGCUUUGGCUCACUCCUGCGAGCAAAAGCUGGAGACGGUGCUGGACGUGUACGAGCAAAGGUUGUCAAAGAGCAGCUAUCUCGCCGGAGAGACUUUCAGCUUGGCUGAUCUCAGCCAUCUUCCGGGCAUUAGAUAUCUCAUGAAUGAGGCUAAAAUGGGGAACUUGGUGACUGAGAGGAAGAAUGUGAAUGCAUGGUGGGAGGAUAUCUCAAACCGCCCUGCUUGGAAGAAGUUAAUGCAGCUUGCUGGUCACUAGUCAUUUGUAUCACUUUUAAUUAUCUGCUUUAAUUUUCCUUGUUAAUUAAACUUGUGUAAGGCUGAUCUCAAUUGUGCUGCUUUCUUUCGUCUUUAUGUGGAAAUUUCUGUAUUUUAGAGCAUGUUUGGUACACAGAUUAGACCUAGUUUGGUUACACUAUAU